AUGACUUUCCUUCCGAAGUGGUUAACUUUUCUAAAAGGCAAAGAGGUUGUUGUUGCUAAUGCUAUAAUUGCAAUAUUGACAAUUGGUGGGCAGCAACUUUUUUCCUUUUUUACAUUCAGCUGUCCCUGUCAUGUUGGGCAGAACCUUAUCUAUGGGCUGGCUUUCCUAGGAGUUCCUGCACUGAUCCUUCUGCUUGUUGGUUAUGCCCUGAAUAACCAGACUUGGAGGCUGGUCACAGGCAAAAUUUCUCCUCUUCAGGAAAGGACUACGCCAAACCAGUUACUGCAAUGCAAACUGACCUGCUUUGUCUUGUGCAGUAUCACUGGGAGAGCUCUGGUUGCUCCAGUAACAUGGCUAGCGGUCACCCUGAUAAAUGGCUCAUAUUAUGUCUGUGCUAUGAGCGAGUAUGUCUCUGUGCAUUAUUAUGGAGCUAAUCCUAAUGUUACUGCUAGUGAACGCAGAAGGAUAUUGGCUGAAUUUCCAUGCAGUCAGUUAGUUCCUCUGGAGCUGACCCGGGCAAGAGAUGAAGUGAUUCUCCUACUCCGAUACCAGUCACAAGUGGCUGGCUGGCUUCUGAUUGCUGUGGUAGUCAUCACUGUCUUCCUGUCUUACUGCCUGGCAAGCUGUUUCUCCCCACUCAGCUUUCUACAUUUCAGAUACUGGAGCAGCUAUGUCCAUAAUGAGCAGGAGCUCUUUGAUGAAGCAACAGACCAGCACUCCAGGCUCUAUGCCAUGCAGCACGUAAAGAAGUUCUUUGGCUUUGUCCCAGGGAGUGAAAAUGUAAAGGAAAUCCGUAUCCCAUCUCUCAGAGAGUGGCAAGCCAUUUCUGGACUGGCCUUUCUAAAACGGGUGGAUGAGGAGCACUAUGACUACAGCCUCCUCCAUGACUGGGCACUUAGGGAGUCUGAAAAUAGAAAAUACCUGAAGAUUGAUGAAGACCCUGUGAUCAGAACCCAGCUCUGAGGGUCCAAGCCCCCACCAACACCUUGUACAAAAGCAGGAAUGUGUCUAGCUCCACAUCAGACCUGAGCUGCUCUGGAACUUUCUGAUGCCUUAUGACAUUGAUAUAUAAAGUAUGCAAGCAAGUAUAUCUUGUUAAUGUAGUCUUUUAGCACAUGCUUAUAGACGCCUUUCCUGACAGUGCCUGACUCCUGUGGGAUGUCUAGAUUAGGGUGGGCUGUUUCAAGCUGCAGCUCUCUGCUUUCUAAUACUUGUGUUAAAAGGAUGAGUAUGUACUGGGAGAAAAAGUUAUUCCCAAAUGCUUCUUCUUUCCUCCCAUUAAAAAAUCUUUAAAAAUUUAUAGCUAGACUUUGAUUGGAUCCUAUAUGUUGCUCCAUUCUGUACAGAGCAAAAGCAGAUAUCCAGCUUUGUCUUAGUGACUCCUAGCAGAAAUGCCUUAUUUCUCCCCUUCCACAUCUUUUUUGUAUUAUGUGAAUAAAAUGUACUGAGCUAACAACAACCUAAGUCUGUGGCUACAGCAGCACAGAAGAAACAUAUGGGGAAACUUCAGCAAGAAAGGCUGUACCUAGAUCCAGUGAUGAGAGAACUUUCAAUUCUGGUAUGGAGACAAAAUGCCCACUGAGAGGCACAGGAUGGAGGGGGGCAACAUGUAGCAACUGUAUGAACAAACACCUUCAUGUGGAAAACAGUUCAAA